CCGGAAUGGCUGCCCAAGGGCCAAAAGACAGUCGCCGGUAGGGGUAGCAACUGCCCCUACCACUAGGCCAUGUGGGGAAUAUAGCGCUAGCCGGCAGGAGACUCCCACACCACAUGUGCCUAUGGCAGAGGUUGCAGGCCGGUGUCUAGAUGGUUGUCCAGAGACUGCUUUUGUUAGAGUCUCUCUAGACACCUCCCUCACAGGCGUGGCCGAAGAGUUGAAGGAGAGGAUGCCCGCAUGGGCCAAGAUGAAGAAAGAACAGAAAGGGCAGCUAAUUCUGGUAGAGCCUGGCAGUAGAACUCCCAAGGGCGCCGUGUACAGGAUGUCCCCACGGGAGUUAGAGGAGAUUCGCAAGCAAUUAGGCGAGCUCCUCGAGAAGGGUUGGAUUAGGCCCAGUUCGUCUCCCUUCGGAGCCCCUGUUCUCUUUGUUCCUAAGAAAGAGGGAGAGCUGAGAAUGUGCAUAGACUAUAGGGGUCUGAAUGCUAUUACGGUAAAGAAUGUUGAGCCACUGCCUAUGAUAGACGAUCUCUUAGAUCGAGUGCAGGGGGCCAAGUAUUUCUCUAAGAUAGAUUUGAAGUUCGGGUAUCAUCAGAUAGAGGUGCAUCCUGAUGAUCAGUACAAGACAGCCUUCCGGACUAGAUAUGGGCACUACGAGUUCAUAGUGAUGCCCUUUGGACGCACCAAUGCGCCAGCUACGUUCCAGCGCUGUAUGAACGAUUUGUUUAGGUCGUGGUUAGACAGAUUUGUUGUAGUUUAUCUAGAUGACAUUGUAGUGUUUAGCAGGACCCUCGAAGAGCAUCAGGGUCAUCUCAGGCAGGUCUUGGAGAAGCUGAGGGAAGCUAACUUCAAGAUCAAUACAAAGAAGUGCGAUUGGGCGAAGACCCAAGUUUUGUACCUAGGCCACGUCUUAGACGGAGACGGCGUUAAGCAAGAGGAUAGCAAGAUCGCAGCGAUUAGAGACUGGCCCAUACCACGUACGCUGACAGAGUUGCGCUCGUUCCUGGGCCUAGCGAAUUACUAUAGGAAGCUCGUGAGGAACUUCUCCACCAUCGCUGCGUCCCUUCGCAGAUUGCUGAGAAAGGAGACCAUCUGGAAGUGGGAUAAGGACUGCACGUCUGCCAUGAAGAAGUUAAAGCAAGCAUUGAUAGAGUAUCCAGUCCUUAAAGUCGCCGAUCCGUUCUUGCCUUUUGUCGUCACGACCGAUGCGAGUCAAUACGGCAUAGGCGCAGUGUUGCAGCAAGACGAUGGCAAUGGGUAUAGACCCGUAGAGUUCAUGUCCGCCAGAAUGCCUUUAGAGAAGGUCGCGACAUCGACCUAUGAGAGGGAACUCUACGCUCUCAGGCAAGCCUUAGACCACUGGAAGCACUACUUGCUUGGGAGGCGCACUUCAAAGUCUAUUCUGACCAUGAAACGUUACGAUGGUUAAAGACACAGGCCAAGAUGACACCUAAGCUUACUAGGUGGGCCGCGGAGAUAGAUCAGUACGACUUCGAGCUCAAGCCUGU